AUGCAUCUUGUCAAUGUUGCCGCUUUUGCCUGCGCUGUAAUCAGUGCCAGCGCAUUCGAAUUCCCGGACUUUGUCCCUCUGCACCGACGUCAGGAUCCUGGCACUCCUGCAUAUGAAUGCCACGCCAACUGUGGUGGCGUAAUUACCGCCGGCCGUACUGACGGAUACUGUGAUACCGAUGACUUCAAGACCAAGUUGACCGAUUGUUUGAACUGUGCUGUUGAGUUCGACAUUUGGAAGUAUUACGGAGGGUCUGUGUCCAAGGCUGCCACUGCAUGUGGAUUGGAUGCCACCCCGGUCGAAACGUCUUCCGCCUCGACCGAAGUCUCCUCUACCUCGACCGAAGCCUCCUCUACCUCAGCUGAAGCAUCUGCUACCUCGGCCGAAGAGACUUCUACCGCUACAUCUGUUAGUGCUACCACUACAGAGGAGAGCGUCAAUUCCGCUGUGACAACUGAUGCGGUGACCUCCCCUACUGGUACUACGGUCGCUUCAACUUCCGUGAGCCCCCCGCGUGUUUCUGGUUCUUCUCGCCCAUCGUCAUUGAUUCCUUCAGCAACACCUGCUGGAACCUCGACUGCUAGCACCCCUUCCUCCUCCCCUGCCUACACUGGUGGCGCUACGAGUAAUGCGGGUAGUGGCCUGGUCUCUGGCGCCCUUGCUGGUUGUAUCAUUGCAGCCUUCAUGUAA